AUGGACGAGGAGCGGGACGCGGGCGGCCGGCGCGGGAAGAGAGCCGGGCCCGAGGCCGGGCCGGCGGCGGCGGCGGCGGCGCGGGACGGGCGGCGGCGGCGGAGCUCCCCGCCCGCGACGGAGGCCCAGGGAACCACCGUGCUGCACGAGAUCGUCAGCUACAGCCCCCAGCCCCUGCCAGCCAGGCAGUUCGACACCGGCACCACGGAGCCCGUCAGCUUCUUCCUGUCGGGGCUGGAGGAGCUGCUGGCCUGGCAGCCCACCGACGACGACGACUUCAAUGUCGCCGCCACGCCGCUGGCAAAGCGCCAGCCGCCGCUGCACGCCGACAGACCCCGGACGCUGCUGUGCCACGACAUGAAGGGCGGCUACCUGGAGGACCGGUUCAUCCAGGGCUCGGCCACGCGCAACCCCUACGUCUUCUACCACUGGCGGUACAUCGACAUCUUCGUCUACUUCAGCCACCACACGGUGACCAUCCCGCCCGUGUGCUGGACCAACGCGGCCCACCGGAACGGGGUGCCCGUGCUGGGCACGUUCAUCGCGGAGUGGACGGACGGUGAGAAGCUGUGCGAGGCGUUCCUGGCCGGCGGGCCGGAGGCGUACGGCGCCGUCGGCGAGCAGCUGGCCCGCGUCGCCCGGCACUACCGCUUCGACGGCUGGCUGGUCAACCUGGAGAGCAAGCUGAGCGCGGCCGCCGCGAGGAACUUGCCCCCCUUCCUGCGGCACUUGACGGCGCGGGUGCACGAGGCCGUGCCGGGGGGGCUGGUGCUCUGGUACGACAGCGUGGUGCGGAGCGGCCAGCUGCAGUGGCAGAACGAGCUGAACGAGCAGAACAGGGAGUUCUUCGACGCCUGCGACGGGCUGUUCGUCAACUACAACUGGAAGGAGUCGCAGCUGGAGCGCUCGCGAAGCCUGGCCGGGCAGCGCCUCGCCGACGUCUACUUCGGCAUCGACGUCUUCGCCCGCGGCGACGUCCUUGGCGGCGGCUUCGACUCGCACAAGCCCCUCAGCCUGAUCCGCAAGCACGGCUUCUCCGCUGCCGUCUUCGCCCCGGGCUGGGUCUAUGAGCACCUGGGCGAGGAGAACUUCCUGCAGAACGAGAACAAGUUCUGGGCCCUGCUGGCGGAGAACCUGCCCACACACAGCAUCUGCACGCUGCCCUUCGGGACCUCCUUCGGCCUGGGCAUGGGCACCGGCCGCUUCGCCGCCGGCGAGCGGGAGGAGGCCGGGCCCUGGUUCGACCUGAGCGCUCAGGACAUCCAGCCGCUGUACGCCGAGCGCCGGGGCCGCCUGAGCACCGGCUGCUGCCUGGGGGACGCCUGGCGCGGCGGCAGCUCCCUGCGGGUGCAGGGCACCAUCGCCGCCGGCGAGGACCGCGCCGCCGUCCGCCUUUUCUCCUUCCAGGUGCAGGCGCCCCCCAAGCUCCUCCUGACGCUGCUCUACAAGCUGGAGGAGCCGCGCGGCGACGAAUUCACCGUCUCCCUGGAGCUCGCCACCGAGGCCUCGGGGACCGCCACCCCCGCGGCUGAGCCCGACACCUGGCACGAGCCCCGGCUGCUCCCGGCACCGCCGCCCGGCCUCGCCAAGCUGCUCCGCGGCUGCGACCACGGCUCCCACGGCUGGACGAGCCGGUGCUACGAGCUGGACUUGCAGGACCGCAGCCUGCGCGCGCUCUCCCUGCUGGUGUCCCGCCGGCAGCCCGGCCCGCGGGACGCCCGCUUCGCCUGCCUCCUCGGCGAGCUGCAGGUGCUGGACGCCGCCAGCCUGGCGGGCUCCCCGCCGCAGGUGCUGCACGUCCGCGCCUCGCAGCUGCGGUGGCACCGGCGCCCCGCCGCCGAGCCGCUCGCCCUCGACCUCACCCUGCGCUGGUCCUACCCGCCCGGCCGGGCCCGCGGCUUCCGCGUGCACCGCGCCGGCGCCGGCGGCCGGCCGCCGCGGCCGCUGGGGCUGGCGCAGGGCUGCCUGUACCGCGCCGCGGGGCUGCCGGUGCCGCGGCCCGCCGGCCGGCGGCCCCGCCGCCUGGAGCUGCUGGUGGAGCCGCUGCGCCGCGACGGGCUGCCCGUGCCGCCGCGGCGCUGGGGCCGCCUGCUGCUGCUCUACGCCGAGCCGGCCGGCUCUGCCGGGCAUUAAACGGGAGCGCGCCGCAGCCCCGCGUCCGUGUCGUCCCUGCGUGCGCCCCGCGGGGUGGGGGCUCGCACGCGGCGGGCCCGUGCCGGGGAGGGGGGAUGCACAAAUUUAUAGCGGCAGCGAUUUUGCCGCGGUGUGGUGAGCAAGCAGGCGGCAACGUAGCCGAGCGUGCCGCACAGCGCCGCAGGCACGCCAGCCCCGGUCGGGAGAGCGAGCCUGCCGGCGCUGAAUCCGCUGCUGCCGCGCCUCGGGCGGGUGAAUCGCUCCGGGACGCGUUAGCCGACGCUUCGGGACCCCCCCAGCCCCCCCGAAGGGCUCUGCCGAGCCCGGGGCAUGCUCCCGCGGCUGUCCCCACCGGCCCCCCCCGUGGCCCCGCCAACACCUGAGUCCUCCUGGUUGAAGAAAGAAAUCUUUAUUAAUAAUUUCAAUAAUAAUAAUAAUAAUC